AGCCGCGCCGCUCGCCGUUUCCCUUGCCUUUCCGUGUCCCGUGGCCGGCCGUCCAACAUGGUGGACUACUACAAGGUGCUGGGCGUGCCCCGCCGGGCCUCCGCCAACACCAUCCGGAAGGCCUACCGCAAACUGGCGCUCAAGUGGCACCCCGACAAAAACCCUGAGAACAAGGAGGAGGCCGAGAGGCGGUUCAAACAAGUGGCCCAGGCCUACGAGGUGCUGUCCGAUGCCAACAAGAGGGACGUCUACGACCGCUACGGCGAGGCAGGAGUGCAGGACGGCGGCGUGGACGGCGGCGGGCCCUGCCAGAACCACUUCCAAUACGUCUUUACCUUCCGCGACCCGGCCGAGGUCUUCAGGGAGUUUUUUGGUGGCCGGCACCCAUUUUCAUUUGACUUGUUCAGAGACCCACUUAUUUUGGGAGGUCGGAGAAGCUCCCGGAGGAGCAGAAGCAGAGGGUCCGCAUCCCUUUUCUCUACCUGCAGUAAGUUUCCAGCAUUUGGUGUUUUUUCUUCUUUCAAUACAGGAUUUCGUUCCUUUGCUUUCGAGGGGAACGAGGGCCUUUCUUCCUUCGCCAUGACUUGCAGUAAUGGUGGGACGGGGAACUUCCAGUCGGUGUUGACUUCCACCAAAAUCAUUAAUGGCAAAAAAAUCACCACCAAGAGAAUCAUUGAGAAUGGCCAGGAAAAGGUGGAAGUGGAAGAGGACAGAGAGUAAAGUCCCCGAUGAUAAAUGGCGAAGAGCGGUUGCUGCACAUCAACACCAAGUAACACCAGUCCUGGCUUAACUGAACACACAUCAGGAGGAAUAACAGGACAUUUUUGUUGUUGUUGUUGAAGAUUGCAAGUGGACCCUACUUUGAGAAUAACUGUACUCAGCAAUUUAUAAACAGUUCAUGCCAGUCAAUGCCUAUUUGUUCUUAUUGUUGGGACCACACAAAUAGAACCUCUGUGGGCUGAAAAUGUCAGCCUACCCUUUGCUAUUUAUCAAAGAAAAUGUUGAGGCAGACGGCAUAAAUUUCACAGUAAGGCAAAGUGUUCAUAGCAGCAUUAGGUGGUUUGUUCUAAGGUUAAUAUUGCCAAGGUGAAACGGUUUACUUCAUUUUUUAGCACAUAGUAAGUAGUAAAAGAUAUGAGUAUAUUAAUAAUACCUCUGCUUAAGUUAAAAAUGUUUUUAGUUCAAUAUACAUGCUGGUGACUUGGAGUUAACUGUUAUUUAAACAUGAUGUUACCCCCAGGUUUCUGAAAGGCAGAGGAACGUAGUAAAGUGGAUGUAUGAGUUUCCAAUGGGUGCUGUAACAAAUUACCACAGAGUUGGUGGCUUUAAAAAGAUCCAUAUUUAUUCUCUUAAAGAUCUAAAGGUCAGCAGUCUCAAGUCAGUUUCACUGAACUGAAAUCAGUGUUGGCAGGAACAUACUCCCUCCAAAGGCUGUGAGCUAAAUAAGUGAAUUUCUCAUGGUCACAUGGUUGAUUAAUAAUGUUAGGACCAUAUUCAGGACUUAAUAAUAACAGUGGUACCGAUGGCCAUUUACAUUCAUGCAAACCCGAUUGCUAGCCUUGACCCAACAUGCUACAGCUAUGAUUGAUGGAAAGGCGAUGAGCAUGUCUGUAAGGCUACAUGAAACUUGCCUUGCCAUGCACAGGUUUUCUGUCAUAGCAAAUUAGGAUGAUGAA